AGCAUAGUUCGAUUUUGACGACAUAACUGCAAAGGAGCGCUAUUAAGAAGAACACUUCAUACGUUGGAUAAAACAAGGUGACAUUCUGGUGUAGCUGUGCAGCACAAAAAAGAAGUUGCGCUCGUACACGAAUUACAUCAGGAGCCCGACACUUGACACAGUUUUCUGGCACAUCAAUUGUUGACCUUUCUAAAACUAUGGAUUCAGGAUACCAGAGAAACCUGGUGAAGAACCCAUGUGGGAACGAUCAAUUUAAUCAUUGGGAAAUUAUUAAAAAUGGAGGCAGUAUGUGGCGUGUUGAGGAAAUGCCUGGAGACUGUGGACAUGACUUUCCUGAUAGCUCAGUUCUAACAUACUUUGUGACAUCUUUUGAUAUUUGCUUAAAAGAACAGACCAUUGACCUUGUCUCUGAGGGCUACACCGAGGAGAUUCUGGACUCCGUGCAGCCCAAAAUUGAAGUCCAAGACUGGUUUUCAGGACGGAAAGACUGCGGCUGCAACUAUGAAUUACAUGUUAGUCUACUGAAUGGAAAUCUAGAGCCUGUUAAUGAGUUUAAAGCCGAGCCUGUGAACCUUGAUCCAGAUAAUUCAGACUGCUCUUGGAGGAAGGUCAGUCAUGCUUUUGAAGACUAUGGGACCUGGAGUGCGUUUUGCUUCGUAUACAACAUGGAGGCCAAGACUCUAAAUUCUGGAUGGAUGGUUUGGUGUCCGGGUGACAAACACUUCAGUAGUGGUGCAUUCUUAAUCCCUAGCUCAUGUUGCACUAUUUAGCAAUGCCCAAACACAUGCAUUUAUCAUGAACUUAAAUACAUUAAAUCUUAAUGAAAUAACUUGUUUGUCAUGGUCAGCCAAGUAGAAAGUUAAUUUCAUUCCAGAUUUGGAAGUACUGUAUCUAAGCGCAUGUGGCUGCCUGGAUCCCUGCUUCUUAGCUUGACUUUAUAUCUGAUUACCUUUCUGUCUGUCAGCUGUCUUGCUAGAAAGAUGCCAAUGUGUUUCCCCCCCAAGCAUUUUCAACAGAACUUAAAAUGAAAAAGAUCAGAGAAAAUUAGAAGGUCACCAAGAGUUAGAAUGUAUUGAAUUCAGCCAUGUGCAGAUUCUUUGGAAAGUGCAUACAUUUACCAAAAUUAACACGCGAAAAUAAUAAUAAAUGCAUAAAUGCCUGCUAAUAUGUCAGGGUAUUAAAAUGAGUGAAAUGGGAUAUGUAGCCUUAUUACUAUGUAUAUAAAAAGAAACAGAAUUUAACUACUAACAGGCUUAAAUGUCAUGAUGCCAAAGAAUAGAAAGUUAAACUGAUAUGUUUAUUAAUAUGAACUGGGACACAGGAAAUAUGAAUCUCUCUCUCUUUGUUAGAGUGUUUUUAGAUAGUUAGAUAGAUACUUUUACUGUGAUUAGGCUCAAAUAAGGUCAUGUGAAAGACAAUUUAAUACAGUGCACCAAAAAAACGAAGCCACAAAGCAGCAAUAACUUAUACCUCCAUUGUUAGUAGUGCUCUGGAAAACCUUGUAAACUCAGAAAAGCUUUUCUGUUAAGCCUAUAUUAAUGAUAAAGCCAAGAAGAAA